GGCACAAUGCCUUCUAGUGUGUGUGUGUAUAUAAUGCAUAUAUACACACAAUGGAGAAGAGUGUUUGAACGUUAAACCCUUUGAAUUUCUUGUGUUUUUCAGUGGAUAAUUACUCAGCUUCCACUUCAGUUGAGUUGGUGUGUUGAGUUUGGAGGAUUAUCAAGACAAAACAUGAGUUGGGUGGAAGUGAGCAGAGCAGAGCUUGGCCUUGCUGUUUUGUACCUGAACAAAGCUGAAGCAAGGGAUAAGAUAUGCAGGGCGAUACAAUACGGUUCGAAAUUCUUGAGUAAUGGAGAGCCUGGCACAGCACAGAAUGUUGACAAAUCAACUAGCGUGGCCCGGAAAGUUUUUCGUUUGUUCAAGUUUAUCAAUGGUCUCCAUGCUCUCAUUAGUCCGAACGCUCCCAGAACUCCACUUCCUCUGAUUCUGCUGGGAAAGUCCAAAACUGCACUCUUGUCCACUUUCUUGUUCUUGGAUCAAAUUGUAUGGCUAGGUAGGACCGGCAUAUAUAAGAACAAGGAACGUACAGAACUAAUAGGAAGGAUAUCCCUUUUCUGUUGGUUGGGUGCCUCAGUCUGCACCACCCUGGUUGAGAUUGGUGAACUUGGAAGGCUUUCAGCAUCAAUGAAGAAAUUAGAGAAGGAACUGAAGAACACCAAUAAAUACAAGAACGAGCAGUACCGGAGUAAGCUUCAGAAAUCAAAUGAGAGGUCGGUCGACCUCAUUAAAGCAGCCAUGGACAUAGUUGUUGCUGUUGGAUUUCUUCAACUGGCACCCAAGAAAGUCACUCCUCGUGUAAUUGGUGCCUUUGGAUUCGCCACCUCUCUCAUCUCCUGCUACCAGUUGCUUCCAUCACCGCAGAAGGCUAAGACAACCUGAGAGGGGCUUUCUCAGGCCAGCAAGCUUCAUUGUCUUAAAACAAUUAUCAAUUAUUGGAACCUGUAUGAAUCUAAGCAAUUUGUUGUCUUGUUGGGGUAUCUGUUGAUUUUCUUGCACAAGAAUGUAAUAAUAAUAUAUGCAGCAGCCUAUGCAUCCGUCUUAGUAUUAUAUUGUUCAUCAAAUUACAGAGUCUUGCACUAUGUUUGGUUUUAUUUUCGGAUAAUUUUCGAUGCAAUAUAAAAUACACUUAAUGUU